CCCCCUCUCGAGCCAACGUUCGUCUGUCCUCUCAGUUCUCGUCAAGUAAUCAUGGUUGCCAUCACUUCGUUCAUCGCCCCGGUGCUCCUCGCCACUGCCGCUGCUGCUCUUCCCAGCCGCAGUGAGCGUCUUCAAGCUCGUCUCGGUCGUCGUGCUGCCGGCACGCACCAGUCGCAGCCCAAGCAACUCAUCGAAAACCCGGUCACCACCGUCAGCAACGUCUCCCAUGUGGAUUACAGCUCUAACUGGGCUGGCGCGGUCUUAGUCGCCAACUCCGCCACCUACAAGUCUGUUACCGGAACCUUCACUGUCCCCACUCCCUCGAAGCCUUCCGGUAGCAGCUCGGGCAGCUACUCUGCCUCCGCCUGGGUCGGUAUCGACGGCGACACGUGUGGCACUGCCAUCCUCCAGACCGGUGUUGACUUCACCAUCUCCGGCAGCUCAGUCUCCUUCGAUGGCUGGUACGAGUGGUACCCUGACUACGCCUACGACUUCUCCGGCAUCACGUUCAGCGCCGGCGACGUCGUCACUCUCACCGUCACGGCUACCAGCACCAAGGCUGGCACUGCUGUCAUCGAGAACGUGACCAAGGGCAAGACGGUCACCAAGUCUAUCACCUCUACGGCUGCGCUCUGCGAGGAGAACGCUGAGUGGAUCGUCGAGGACUACGAGGAGGGCAGCUCUCUCGUUCCCUUCGCCGACUUCGGUACCGUCACGUUCACCAACGCCGAGGCGACUACCUCCUCGGGCACGGUCGGUCCCUCAGGCGCCACGAUCAUCGACAUUGAGCAGAGCAACAAGGUUUUGACUUCGGUCUCGACCACGUCUUCCUCCGUUACUGUCAGUUACGUUUGAGAGGACAUACUGAGAGGGCUUUUACACAAGAACAAAACGGCUACUUUGGGCAAAAUCCGUGUGUACGAAAGAGUGUAUGGGUUUCGUUUCUUUUCUUUGGGUCGCAAUCGUUGGUUUUAAUUGAAUGACAUGUAACGUGCGAAACGGGCCUCAAGUCGAAUGUCGAUCUGUUUGUUUGUUGAACUAACUCAUGUUGCGGGUGCAGUGCGGUGAGGUCGUUCUACACCGGGAAUCUACGGAUCGAUAGCCCUAAGCUACUUAUGAGUAUGAUCCUGCCGUGUUGGAACCUCAUAUAUAUCUCCGACCUCCCGCCCUGGGUGGGAGGUAUAAACAC